CGUGAUAGAGCUGCCAUUGUAGCCAAGUACGAUAAGGGACGAGAAGAAGGUGCAGAAAUUGAUCCAUGGGAAGAUGCCGAUUUCUUUGUUUAUAAAGUCACCGAUCGUUAUGGUUUUUUACACAAGGAGCCCCUACCCAAACGUACGGAGUUAGAAGCGAAAGCAUUGCUAAUCGAACGGUCAAGAGAAAUUAAAUGGUUAAAAAUGUUAAAAAAUUGGGAUAAAUCGCUUCUUUCUGAUAAGUUGCGUAACCGAGUUUAUAAGGGUAUACCGAAUUCUCUACGUAGUCAGGCAUGGAGUCAAAUUCUACGCUUAGAUAAAAUCAAAUUAAAUAAAGAAGGCUUCUAUGAUCAAGCUAAACUAUUGGCUAGACGUACUUCUCCCGAUAUAAGGCAGAUUGAUUUGGACGUUAACCGAACAUAUCGUAAUCACAUCAUGUUUCGUGAUCGUUAUGGUAUAAAGCAACAGGCUCUAUUUCAUGUACUUGCCACAUAUUCGAUGUAUAACACGGAAGUUGGUUAUUGUCAAGGAAUGAGUGGUAUUGCAGCUCUGUUGCUGAUGUACUUUAAUGAAGAGGAUGCUUUCUGGGCUUUAUCUUGUCUCCUUUCUGAUAGAAUGCAUGGAAUGCACGGGUUAUUCAAGCCUGGAUUUCCAAAAUUACUCAGACUUCAAGAGCAUCAUGAAAAAAUUUGUAAAAAACUUUUAACAAAACUUCACAAGCAUCUUAAAAAAAUUGAAGUCGACGCUAGAAUAUAUUCAAUGAAAUGGUUUUUACAAUGCUUCCUUGAUAGGUUGCCUUUUUCGUUAACUCUGAGAGUUUGGGAUGCUUUUAUAUUUGAUGGCGAUAGAGUUCCUAUUGCCAUGGCGUUCUUGGUUAUUAAGCUAUACAAGAAACAAUUAUCUAAAAUGAGCUUUGAUGAAGCAAUGUCUCAUUUGCAAACUAUGGAGAAUCAUAACUUCAACGAUGAUGAAAUUAUGGAAAUGUUGCAAGCAACAAUGCUAGAACUUCGGCGAAAUGGCUUAGACCAUCCUGGACCAUCUCAA